CGCCCCCGGGGCUCCGGCGCGACCCAUGUGCCGGCUCCCCUGCGCCUGGGACGCGCGCGCCAUGGACUCGGGACCAGGCUUCCAAGGAGAGGCCGCCUUUUGGUUGGACAAUUAGCGGAGGUGGGCGGGGAGUGGCCGAACCCCACACACGCGCCUCUCCAUGAAGAUUCUUGGGCUUUCUCUGAAGAAAGGAGUGCAUAUGCUGCAGUGUCUCUGUGGAAGGAGCCUGAGGUCCAGCGACAGCCUAAGUGAACCCCAGCUGAAAGGAAUCGUGACAAGGUUAUUCAGCCAGCAGGGAUAUUUCCUGCAGAUGCAUCCAGAUGGUACCAUUGACGGGACCAAGGACGAGAACAGCGACUACACCCUCUUCAAUCUAAUUCCUGUGGGACUGCGUGUGGUGGCCAUCCAAGGGGUGAAAGCUAGCCUCUAUGUGGCCAUGAAUGGUGAAGGCUAUCUCUACAGUUCAGAUGUUUUCACCCCAGAAUGCAAAUUUAAGGAAUCUGUGUUUGAGAACUACUAUGUGAUCUAUUCUUCCACACUUUAUCGCCAGCAAGAAUCAGGCCGAGCAUGGUUUCUGGGACUCAAUAAAGAAGGUCAAAUCAUGAAGGGGAACAGAGUGAAGAAAACCAAGCCUUCAUCACAUUUUGUACCAAAACCUAUUGAAGUGUGUAUGUACAGAGAACCAUCACUACAUGAAAUUGGAGAAAAACAAGGGCGUUCAAGGAAAAGUUCUGGAACACCAACCAUGAAUGGAGGCAAAGUCGUGAAUCAAGACUCAACAUAGCUGAGAACUCUGCCCUUCUUCCCUCUCCUUCCUUUCUUUCCUCUUCCCCUCCUUGCCCCAUUUCCUUCCAAAAUCCACCCAAGAGAGAAAGAUAAAAUGGCACCGCAGGACCUAGUAGCUAAGAUUCUGCACUCAAAAUCUUCCUUUGUGUAGGACAAGAAAAUUGAACCAAAGCUUGCCUGUUGCAAUGUGGUAGAAAAUUCACGUGCACAAAUAUCAUAUUUUAAAAAGCAAUGGAAAAAAAUAAACCAGGACUCCACAAACA